GUCAGGCACGGAGUGACGAGGCCAGAGCCAACCCCAGUGCUACUCAACCCAAGAGCCCCAGCGUCCCGCCCAGUGCUCCCCAGUCUCCAGGUGCCCCCCGGAACCAGCUACUCAGCGCUUCCUCUCCGCCUCGGCCCGCACCAUCUCCGAAAGGAUGCAGUUCGAGAUGCAUGACAACGUGAAGGGCAAAGCUAUGUCUUACCCUGUGACCAGCCAGCCCCAAAGCCAGAGCACCUGCUACCAGACCCAGCAAAGUGACUGGCACACAGAACUCACAGACUGCUGCAAUGAUAUGCCCGUGUGUCUGUGCGGCACCUUCGCCCCCCUGUGCCUGGCCUGCCGCAUCGCUGAUGAUUUCGGGGAGUGCUGCUGUGCGCCCUACCUGCCUGGUGGUCUCCACUCCCUCCGCACUGGCAUGAGAGAGCGCUAUCACAUUUUGGGCUCUGUUGGAAACGACUGGGCAGCGCUCACCUUCUGCCUGCCUUGUGCGCUCUGCCAGAUGGCUCGGGAGCUGAAGAUCAGACAGUGAGGACCCGCCCCAGCCCCGCCCACUUAUUCCUUCUGACCCUCCAUUUCCUUCCCCCUCCCCCUGCCAA